AUGAAGAACUCGAACUCGAAAGAGAUCAAAAUAGUCAUGUUCCCCUGGCUCGGCUACGGCCACAUCACCCCAUUCCUCGAGCUCGGCACGAAACUCGCCGCCAGCCGAGCCAAUGUCAAAAUCUACCUCGUCUCCACCUUAGCCACACUCUCCUCAAUCGAGCAAAAAAUCACCACCACCGCCGGCCGCCGCUCGAUAAACCUCGUCCCUCUCCUCCUCCCGUCCUCCCCCAACCUCCCGUGCUCUCUCCACACCACAAACGGCCUCCCUCCGAACCUAAUGCCGAGCCUCAAGUCCGCCCUACAAUCCCCCGACGCAAUCGACAGCUUCUCCGACAUCCUCACGGACCUCUCUCCCAACCUAAUCAUCUACGACUUCCUCCAGCCGUGGGUCCCGCGCCUCGCCCGCGCCCACGGCCUCCCCGCCGUGCAGUUCGUCACGUGCAGCUGCACCAUGGCCAGCCUCAUGUGCCACUACUCCAAACACCCGGCCGGCGACCGGCCCUACCCGUUUCCCGAGAUCCAAUUCCGAGACUACGACUCUGCCCGCGAGAUCAAGAAACUGCUCGACUGCGCCAACGACCCGGUCGAACGCGAGAUGGUUUUCCGGGGAAUCGAGGAGUCGUGCGGGAUAGUCCUCGUCAAGGGGUUUCGAGAAAUCGAGGGCCCGUACAUCGACUACGCAGGCUCGCUCGUUUCCAAAAGGUUCGUUCCCGUGGGCCCGCUCGUCGUCGGGGUCGGCCCGGUCGAAAAACCGGACCUCGACGUCCUCGAGUGGCUCGACUCCAAGGAGAGGAAGUCGACGGUGUUCGUCUCGUUCGGGAGCGAGUACUUCCUGUCGAGGGACGAUACGGACGAAAUCGCCCUCGGCCUCGAGCUCAGCGGGGUCAACUUUAUAUGGGUGGUGCGGUCGCCGAAAGUGGAAGGAGACGAGGAAGUGGCCCUGCCGGGAUGGUUCAUGGACAGGGUGCGGGCGACGGGCAGGGGCAAUAUCGUAAUUGGGUGGGCCCCGCAGGCAAGGAUACUCGGCCACGAGAAUGUGGGGGGUUUCGUGAGCCACUGCGGGUGGAACUCGGUUAUGGAGAGCAUGACGAUGGGGGUUCCGAUUGUGGCUGUGCCGAUGCACCUUGACCAGCCGGUCAACGCGAGGCUCGUGGAGAAUGUGGGGGUGGGAGUCGAGGUGGUCAGGGGAAAGGACAGGAGGCUGCGUGGGGAGGCGCUGGCGGCGGCAGUCAGGAGGGUGGUGGUGGAGGAAUCCGGCGAGGUUUUCCGGCGGGCAGCGGCGGGGAUGAAGGACAGGCUUGCGGAGAGGAAGGAUGAGGAGAUUGAUGAGGUUGUUAGAGAGCUUACUGCACUUCUGGAUAAGGAUUAA